AUGGCGCACGCCGGAGAAAACAGCCGCGGCGCAAGGUGCGGAUGGAGCGAGAAGCUCUGGGCCAGGGAGAGCAGACUCGGAGCUUCUGGGAGUCACGAAGGGCAAGCAAAAACUGCAAGCAAAACAGAAAGAGCCGCAAGACGGGAGAGGGCAGGAAACAUUGAGAUUGGGCGACAGGCUGGGCCGGAAUGCCGAGGAAAGCGAGAAGGCAGCACACACCCUGGCAUCUUGACACCUCUGAGGGCUUCCCCCAUGAACCCUGCACGCUGGCGCUCGUCCUCCCCCACACGCCCACUUCUGGAUGACGGUGGGACCGCAGCUUGUCGAUUGAGGGCGGCUUGGACUCGGAGGGAGGAGAGGAAGAGGCUCUGCUCCGCGACGGCUCAAGGGCCCGGGGAUGAGCCGGUGUCUGCCAGGCGCGGGUGA